AUGAGAUUAUUACAACGUAGGGGUAAGUGGAAUAUCAAUAUAUGAAGUAUGUAUAAAGUAUGUGUAUAUGAAGAAUGUAGUAUGAAGUAUGUCGUAUGAAGUAUGUAGUCUAAAAGUAGUACGUAUGUCAUUAAUAGUCGUUGGACAAUACACAGGUGGGUGGGUAGAUCAGAGGACUGGGAGCAGGGACGACACGUAUGUCGCGAUGUCGCGAUGUCGCAUAUAUUGCGAUAUGAUGCAAUGGCACACAGAGUGUAUGUUACGUAUAUGGGCCAUCGUGGCCUCGAUCGCAUUGAGGGACACUACACAAACAAACUUCGGGAAACAGUCGUGUAAUCGUACAAAUAAUGGUUAUAUCCGAUGGUAUAGAUCAUGUGAUAAUAAACGUAAGAAUGCACGUGAUGGGUUGCACUUAGAAGUCUCUACUAGUAGUAGAUAG